UUCGCACCCGACCGGCCUACUAGGGUUUUAGCCGCUCGCAUCCCCGGCGGCGCAGCACAGCAGAGCCAAAUUUCCCGCGGCGAUGCGUCAGCACGCGCCGGCGUACACGCCGGAGGCGGCCUCCGCGUCCGCCACUGGCGGCGCGGGGGAGCGGCAGAGCCUCCCGGCGCUGCAGGCGAAGAUGAAGCGCGACCCGGAGGGCUACGAGACGGAGCUCCGCCAGCUCCAGCGCCACUUCGAGUCUUCGGUGUUCCUCUUCAAGCAACAGGCGGCCCUGUCCACCGCGUCCUCGUCCGGCGGCGGAGGGGAGGUGGCCAAGGAGCUCGGCGACCUCGCGCUGUUCCUCGCCCACGUCGCGCCCUUCUACCCGAACGACCUAGCUGAUUUGCCUGAUCAGAUUGGGGGUCUGCUUGACACCAAUGCGCGCGCGCUGCCGUCGGGGCUCCGGGUGCACCUCGUGCAGGCGCUGAUACUGCUAGUCAAUCGGAAGAUUGUUGAUCUGGAAGACACGGUGGAGUUAUUUAUGGAGCUUCAAGUCAUUGGAGAUCGAGCUGUAAAAAAACUUGCAUUUUCACAUAUUGUACACAGUAUCAGAAGGAUGAAUCAGAAGCACAAGAAUGAAGCCAAGAACCGUAAACUGCAAAACAUCCUUUUUACAAUAGUACAGGAAAACGAAGAGUCGAGAGCAAAGAGGGCUUUUACUAUCCUAUGUGAUCUUCACCGUCGAAGGGUCUGGUUUGAUGAGCGCACAGCAAAUGCUAUAUGCAAUGCUUGUUUCCAUCCUUCUUUGAGGAUUAUGACAGCUGCUAUUUCAUUCCUCCUCGGGUAUGAAAAUGCUGAGCAAGAGGAUGAUAGUGAUGCAUCAAGCAGUGAAGACGAAGCAAGUCAAAACCCAAAUAUUAUUCUUAGUAAAGAGGAUGUUUACAAGGCUAAUAACAAGGGUACUGCUGCUAGUAAGAAAAAGAAGAAAGCUAAAUUGCAGCGAGUAGUUCGUAGUCUGAAAAGGCAACAGCGUAAAUCCACUGAAGAGUCUGGCUCUAAUUACUAUUCGCCCCUUACGUAUUUAAAGGAUACCCAGGGUUUUGCUGAGAAGCUCUUCUCUCGACUACAAAAUUGCCAUGAGCGUUUUGAGGUAAGGAUGAUGAUGUUAAAGGUCAUAGCAAGGACUAUUGGGCUGCAUCACUUGGUUUUGUUGAACUUCUAUCCAUAUCUUCAAAGAUAUGUUCAACCUCAUCAACGAGAUGUAACAACACUACUUGCAGCAGCAGUUCAGGCUUGCCAUGAGAUGGUGCCUCCUGAUGCUGUUGAACCUCUGUUCAAGCAGAUAGUAAAUCAAUUCGUGCAUGAUCGUUCCCGUCCUGAGGCUAUUGCUGUUGGACUGAAUGUCGUGAGAGAGAUCUGCAUGCGAAUCCCUCUGAUGAUGAAUGAGGAUCUACUCCAAGACCUUGUUUUAUAUAAGAAGUCCCAUGAGAAAGCUGUUUCUAUUGCCGCUCGCUCACUUAUCACAUUAUUCAGAGAGAUCUGUCCUUCAUUGUUGGUCAAGAAAGAUCGUGGACGUCCUAUUGAUCCAAAGGCUCGGCCAAAGGCAUUUGGAGAAACCACUAUUUCUAGUGAUGUGCCUGGUGCUGAGUUGCUAGAUGAAGACAUUUCAUCGGAAGGGGAAGGUUCUGAUGAUGAGUCUGAUGCUUUUGGUUCGGAUGAUGAAAAAGUGUUGCCAUCUGCCAAUGAUACCCAACAAAGUUUGGAGGGUUCAUCAGACAAAGCUGACAUCGAUGAAGACAAUAGAGAGGAAGAGGAAGUAUCUGGGGAACAAGAUGAUACAGAGGAAGUAGAUGAGGAUGAUAGUGAUGACGAUAUUGAUGAACUAGAAGAUGACUUGGAUACGGAUGGUGAUACUGAUGUAUCUGAUGACGAUGAUGAGGAGGAGCUCAACGAUGAUUCAGAGAAUGAAGGCUCAGACCAGGUUGAAGACAGUGAUGAGGAGGAUAAGUCUAAAGACAGCAAUUCUAAGGUGCAGAAGAGGAAGUUAAGCGAUUAUGCUGGACAACUUGAUGCUGCAGAUGCAAGCCUUCGAGCUCUGAAGAGGUUAGCAGCUGGAGCCAAGAAGGCUGAAACUUCGACAGAUGAAGCUGGUAGAAUUUUCUCCGAUGAAGAUUUUAAGCGCAUCAAAGUGCUCAAGGCCAAGAAAGAAGCGAAGUUGGCUUUGGUUCAACACGGACUAAGCAAGGGCGACACAAGAUCAGUAACCUUCAAAAUUCCUUCUUCUGAUCAGCUUAGCAUGAAGCGAGUUGAUCCAUCACAGCUCGAGGCUCACAUAAAAAGAAAGAUGUCGAAAGAACAGAGAUUAGAGUUAGUGAAAGCUGGAAGAGAGGAUAGAGGAAAAUACCAAGCAAGAGCAUCUAUUAAAAAGAAGAAGACCGGUGGUUCGAGCAAUAAGCAGAAACAGCACAGCAAGAGGAUGCCUCUUGCAGCAAGUAGAGCAAAGGCGGCACGUUCUCGCCAAGAGAAGAAAACUAAAGCAAAGCAUUCAGCAAAGCAAUUUAGGGGGCGUAAAGCAUGGAAAUAGGCUUUCGUACUUGCUUUUUCUUUGCAAUUCGUGUGGCCAAGUGGCCGAAAUUUUUGACUCUUGCAAUGAAAUUACAUCAGAUGUAUUUCCACAUGAUAUGUAGUUCUCGCUUCUCUAGCUCUCAUCGUUUCUUUUGGAAAGAAUGUAACCUAUGUUUUCAAUUUUCAUAUCAAUGCAAUAUAUUAUUAUGACAGGUUUUCAGUGUCAGUA